GCAUCCUUCAAGGUCAGGGUGACACAGAUUCGAGAACGCCAGAUGCUCAAGGAGUCCGAGACGAACGGGGAAUGGCUCACGGAGGAAAAAAUGAACAAAUCGGGUGAAUACAGCAAGCAGACCAUCAAGUCGAUCAUUGCAUUCUGUGAGCGAUUUCCACAGAUCUUGACGAAAUGGAAGUACGACAACAGUGUAACGGAGUACUUCGUUGAGAUUUCGACAAAACAGACCAUCAAGCACAGCGAGCUGCUGAAACGCAUCGAGAACAUGGAUCUUGGAGAUGCCCAGCUGCAUUGGGACGGCGAACAAAAUCCUGGCGACAUGCCGAUGUCCCUGGAUGCACCUGCUAUGGUGGACGAAAGCAAAGCACAGCCGAAGCCAGAGCAGGUGGGAGACAAGACUCUGCCCGACCUUGUGAAGCUGAUGGAUUCCGUGCAUGGCCACAUGGCUUCGAUCGCCAAGCUGCAGAAAACGAUUUCCGAUUCCGAAGAUGGUCCUAAAUGCCCCCGGCCAAAGCGUCUGAUGAAAGACCUGGACCGCAUCGAUAAAUCCUUUCAAGAUGCCUUCAAUGAGCUGGCGAAAGUGAAGGCCGAGCUAAUGAUUUGCGAAUCGGAAACGAUGUGCCUGCAGAAGGUGAUCAGUGCCAAGGACACCAUCAAGAAGCCGUUGGUGCUCCUGGAGCUGAAGAAGAGUCUCAAGCGACCGAGCGAUCACCAGCAAGCGGAGCCCAAGAAAAAUCCACGCAAGAAGAAGUGA